AUGUCUCUUCUGCUCUACGGAGGCCGCCGUUCGCCACUCGACGCCGUUUUCCGCGAGAUGCGCGACUUGGAACGAGCCAUGGUUAUGCCCUACUGGCAAAACGCCAACUUCUUGGACUUCAACUCGGCUGCUGAUGUUGGCGAGGUCAGUUUCUUGCUUUAAAACGCAAUUUGGUUAAUUUUCCAAGUUGUAGGUAAUCAACGACGAAAACAAGUACGGUCUCAAGCUGGAUGUGUCGCAUUUCCGUCCCGAGGAGCUCCAGGUCAACAUUGAUGGCCGCAAGUUGACUAUUGAGGGCAAUCACGAGUCCAGAACCGAGCACGGAACUACUCAGAGGUACAUUUUUGGUUUCUGGAGCGAAAAAUGGAAUAAUUUCCACUAUUGUUUGAGAAAAUACUUAAUUUGAGACAAAAAAAUGAUUCCACCCAAUUCAACAAAACUGAUUCCAGGUCCUUCGUCCGGAGCUUCUACCUGCCUGAAGACGUCGACGUCUCCGCCGUCCGUUCCUCUCUGACCGACGACGGCCAUCUCGCCAUCGAGGCCCCUAAAGCGGCCACUUCUCGCGGCCGAGCCAUUCCGAUCACUCGCAACGCCAACGAAGCCAUCAAGGCCAAGCCGCAGGAGAACGGCGACAAGAAAUAA